UUAUGUCCGAAUCGGCAAUUCUGAAGGGGUCCUACAUAUUUCCUAAUGGAGAUAAAUACGUUGGAGAGUGCAGUCAGUCCCCAGACGGAACGGUGAAGAGAGACGGUGUGGGGACUCAAACCUCGGCUAAUGGGCUUGUUUACACAGGGGAGUGGAAGGAUGAUAAGCUGAACGGCAGGGGGAGACUGGAACACGUCUCUGGGGCAGUGUACGAGGGGGAGUUCAGAGACAGCAUGUUUCAGGGCGAAGGAACCUACACCUUCCAGAGCGGAUCCAGGUACACCGGAAGCUUCCGCAUGAACAGGUUAGAAGGUGAAGGAGAAUACACAGAUGCCCAGGGACUGGUCUGGACCGGAACCUUCCAUGGCAUGGAGGCUCCUCGUCUCAAACUGAAGCUCAACACGUAAUAAAAUAAUCCCUGGGUCACCUGAUCACCCCGAUCCCUCCGGAUUACCCAAUCACCUCCUCCCCCUGGGUCACCUGAUCACCCGGAUCACCCAAUCACCUCAUCCCUCUGGGUCACCUGAUCACCCGGAUCACCCAAUCACCUCAUCCCUCUGGGUCACCUGAUCAUCCUGCUCCCCCUGGAUCACCCAAUCACCUCAUCCCUCUGGGUCACCUGAUCAUCCAGAUCACCCAAUCACCUCAUCCCUCUGGGUCACCUGAUCAUCCUGCUCCCCCUUGGAUCACAUGAGCCCUCCGUGCUCCAGGCAUUAAAAGCCACUCAGCAGGAAGAAAGAAAGCAGUGCAUCGUGGGUGGAACACAUCAGCAUUACCCCCUCACAGAUAUUGUGACUUUAAUACACCGUGACCCGUUUCCACGGAAACCCCUCUGCGUAAGCGUGCUCCAAUAAAUCACAGCUACCUGUGCUAAAUCAGUGUAAUUGGUUCCGGGGCGGGGAUUUGAAUACCAAACGCGCGACACUUUCACAGUACCUCUGACCGGAGGUGGGAGUGACUGAGUAAUCGGCUUCUUUCUCUCAGUCACGCCGCGUCGUCCUCCCUAAUCGAUUCGGGAAGGGCGCCGGCGGAGGCGUCGUGUUCUCCUCUGAAAAACACACGACUGCCGCUGCCUCUCCUCGUGCCGCAGUCCUUCAGCUGAGCUCAGACAGGCGUGAGGGGGAGGAGGGCCCUUCCUGUGCCUCCCUGUGGGAGGUAGACAGCCUACGAGGGAGUCAGGCGGUGUCAGGCCCUGUGGUUUUUCAGGGCAAUGCGGUGGCCCCCCUCGCACAGAUUUUAAUCCCUGUCC